GUCCGUUUAAAUCUGAAAGCCGCAUUGGAAUGAAAAUUAUAAUUUCUAUAUGACUUUAACCAUCAUUGACUUUUUAUAAUAGAUAAUGGCAGCGAUAUAAAGUUUGUUCAAAUGAAAUCGUGAUUAGAUAACGACUAGACAGGAUACGUGAGGACAGCGAGCAGAUCAGAUCACCAGUCACGCUUUAAGCCGACAAUGCAGAUUAAAACAGGGCAGGAAGGAUCUCCCACAGUCACUUGACAUGUAACCUAAUUAGUGACGGGCUCAGGGGUUUCAUCACCCAAAACCCCCUCCACACCUUCAGCUCAGUGUGUCAAAUGUGCGACGGCCCCAAUGUCUGGAAAUGAAGAGCGCACGUUCAUUGCCAUCAAGCCUGAUGGAGUGCAGAGGGGGCUCAUCGGAGAGAUCAUCAAGCGUUUCGAACAGAAAGGCUUCAAGUUAGCUGCUAUGAAGUUGAUCCAGGCCGAUGAGGAUCUUCUGAGACAGCACUACUGUGACCUGAAGGAUCAGCCUUUCUUCCAUAGGCUUGUUAGGUUUAUGUCUUCUGGCCCUGUGGUUGCCAUGGUGUGGGAGGGUUUUGAUGUUAUAAAAACAGGCAGAAUAAUGCUCGGUGAGACUAAUCCCACUGACUCCAAACCUGGGACUAUCAGAGGGGACUUUUGCAUUCAGGUUGUCCGGAACAUCAUUCACGGCAGUGAUUCUCUCGAAAGUGCCAACACCGAGAUCAACCUGUGGUUCAAACCAGAGGAGAUCUGUGACUACACCAAAUGUCAGGACAGCUGGCUCAAUGGCUGAACACUUCAUUUUCUGCACUUUUCUCCCUCUCUGGUGUUUCUGGUUUAAUUCAUUCCAUUUUCAUGGUUUUCCCACUGUUUCUGGUGUUUGUCUUUACAAUAAAACCAAAAAAAAUUCUA